UUAGUACAAGCUGGCUGACCGAAAAGUCCAACUCCUCUUUCUAUUUCUAUCUCUAUCUCUUUUCACACAGCGAAAGCAAGUUUCUCUCUCUAGAAGAAUUCGCCUUCGCUUUGUUUUUCAGAGGAAAAAGAAGAAAACCCUACGCUGAUGGCUGGUCGUUACGAUAAAAAUCCUUUCGAUGAAGAAGAAGAAGAAGUUAAUCCUUUCGCGGAUCCAGCAGUGAGAGGAAAGACAUCUGGGCAGUCUAAAUUUGGUGGGGGUCUAUUUUCAACGAAUAAUCCAACCGCUCCACCUGCAUCAAACUCUAGACUUUCACCACUACCUCCUGAACCUGCUGGUUUCAAUUAUGAUCGCGAGGCAACAAUUGACAUUCCUCUUGAUACAUCUUCAGGAGGAUCACACUAUCAGGAUUUGAAGAGGAAGGAGAAGGAACUCCAGGCUAAGGAGGCUGAAUUGAGAAGGCGGGAGCAGGAAGUGAAACGGAAAGAAGAGGCAGCGGCAAGAGCUGGAAUUGUUCUGGAAGAGAAAAAUUGGCCGCCAUUUUUUCCCAUCAUUCAUCAUGAUAUUGCAAAUGAAAUACCAAUUCAUCUACAAAGAUUGCAGUAUGUUGCAUUUUCGACAUUUUUAGGAUUGUGUCUGUGCCUUCUAUGGAACAUCAUAGCUGUUACUACAGCAUGGAUCAAAGGGGAAGGUGUGAGGAUCUGGUUCUUGGCUGUUAUCUACUUCAUAGCAGGGGUCCCAGGAGCCUAUGUAUUGUGGUAUCGCCCACUGUAUCGUGCUUUUAGGAAGGAAAGUGCUUUGAGGUUUGGAUGGUUCUUCCUUUUUUAUUUGCUUCACAUCGGCUUUUGCAUCUUUGCUGCGGUGGCUCCCCCUAUAGUUUUUAGAGGGAAAUCACUCACCGGGAUCCUACCUGCAGUAGAUCUUAUCGAUGGACAUGCUUUGGUUGGGAUCUUCUACUUCGUUGGUUUUGCAUUAUUCUGCGUUGAAUCAGUUGUAAGCAUGUGGGUUAUCCAGCAAGUAUACAUGUAUUUCCGUGGCAGCGGUAAAGCCGCCGAGAUGAAGCGUGAGGUUGCGAGAGGAGCUAUGAGGGCUGCCAUAUAAUGGCACAGGCUAGCAGCAACGGGGUAUAUGGUAAAACACUCGCGUGUGGAUUCUACUUGUUUAUAUGCACUUUGCCAGGGAAGGAGCAGAUACAGCUUGUUAUCUCUGGAUCCUGGCUUUUGUUGCACAUAUUCUCUGUAACUUUAUUCUGAGUGCUACUUUCUGUAAAGUUUUUUUUUUUUUUUUUUACUCUGGAGUUUGAAUUAUCAGACACCUUGUGCAAGACUUAAAAACAUGAUUUUCAUGUAUGAAUUGAUUCUAUAUAGAGAAAGAGUUUCAUUUCUGGGUUA